GAGCGCGGAAGCGAGCAGACGACACCUCUUAAAAACAGGUGGACCUCGCCGGAUGCCGGUCAAUCGUCGCUCGGCAAGCAACGGCCGCAGCGCACACGCAUCGAGUACGGCGUGCUGUCGGACGCCGAAGAAAAGCACCGCUUCGAAUUUUUUGCGCCAUCAGAGGACCUGGGAUACCCGAUGUUAGAUCGGAGACCGUGAAACGGACUGCGACAUCACCACGAAGGGGGUUGUUUUAAAGGGGGACAUUUUUUCCUGUCCUGCGGUGGACGACGAACUUCACUGGCUGACAACUCGCUGACGGUUGUUCGCACUUUUUGUUUCUUUUUUUGUUUGGUUCGCCGUUUUUGUUGUUCCGCACCCGUCCGCCCCGACGUGCUAAGAAGAGUCGUCGACUGUCCAUCGACGACGUGAAACAAGAAGUUGACCACGACGCCUAGUUCUCGUCGCCUGAGUCGCACGAACAACAUGGCGAUUCCCCGGAGACUGGCGUUGCCCGUGGCGCUCGUUUUGGCCACAGCGGUGGCCGCCUGUCUGAUCCCAUUGGCCGAGAGCAGAGCUCUGAAUAUCAAGAAGAGAGCUGCUUUUUACAUCGCCAACGACACUGUGUGCAACGUCGACGGCGUGCUUUACCGGAGCGGUGACCCCAUCCCAACGGAGGACCCGUGCGAAACAUGCAAGUGCCGUCCACCUGGCUUCGCCUGCACGCUGCGAGAGUGUGAGGUGAAGCCCAACUGCAAAGCUGUCCGCCGAGAGGGUCAGUGCUGCCCGGAGUACCACUGCGGCUGUGAGCAAGACGGCAAGUUCUACAAGGAUGGCGAAGUGGUUCCCAGCCCGCAGAGCCCGUGCUACGUGUGCUACUGCCAGGGCAGCUCCAUCAGCUGUUCACUGGUCGCCUGCCAAUUCCGAGGCGACUGUGAGCCGCGAUACGUGGACGGCGAGUGCUGCCCGCGCUACGACCACUGCCCACCAACAGAGGACCCAUCGGUCACAACAACCGUCCAGCUACCGUGGUCGCCCUUCACGAGCCCGCGUUCGACAGGCCGGUUCUUCACCACGCGGUUCCAACCGACGACGAUUCCCGGUACCGGAUCGUCCACCCACGUACCCGGUGGAAGCACGAGACACGGCGCACCGGUUACGCGAUUCGAACCAACAACCAUUCCUGGCCUGUCUCACCGUGCACCAGGCGCAAUUACGAAGGGCGGUGUGCUGUUUACACGGACCGCCUUCCCGACCUCCACCGAGUCUACAAAAACCACCGAGCGCUUCCGCCCUGAGCAGACAGCGUUUCCCAGCUCGUUGUACGACGACCUGUCUUCCCCUCAACCCGUUCCUGACGUUACCAAUCCCGUGAAGAGGUACACGACUCACCUGCCACCACCGGAAGAAACGGAAAGCACCUCAGACGCUGCAGGCGGAGCCCAAAGCACCGACUCCAUGAAGCCACUGGAAGCUGCUGUACAGAGUCAGGACGUUGAUGACAAGCUCAAGUCGACGGUGGGCAAGGACGCCGCCGGAACCACCGCUGCAGUAGGCGGUACCGACGGUGAGGCUCGCACCGUGGCACGGCACAUUUUCCCCGCAACUAUUGUACCUGGUGCAGCAGUUCCCGUCGUUCCGGCUGUGCUCCCAGAAGCUGGUCCAGUCGUGAUCGCCAAUGUUCCUGUUCACCCAGUGGUCACAACUGUGGGACUCGGAACUGUUCAGCCCACCGUCACUGGAACUGUGCUGCAUACUGAUGGAGGCGUCGGGGCGACGUCGUCCACCGGGAUACAAGGAGGAGCAGUAACCGGGGAAGGAGCUCUUUCCACCUCUUCCGGUACCGUCAUGGCGGGAGCUGAUCAUUCUGGAACCGCCCCCGCUGUCGAAACCUAUCAUGGUGCAGCAGUCGACAGUGCUGCGACCACAGGUGCCUCUGUGGGAGACGCUACGCACGCCCUGGCUGCUAGCGACGCCACAACUCAAGACGACGCGUCCUCUCCGAUGGUCACUGCUACUUCCGAGCUACAUAACGGUGCUUCCAGCACUGGUGCAGUAACGGAUGCCUCAACAUCCACGUCUGGCGUAAAUACUGACAGUACAAUUCACGCGAUGGCGACAGCAAGCGGCCAUGUCGAGGGAACCGAUCAGGCUGCACCAGAAGGCGUUACAGCUUCGCAGACACUUACACCAGGUGCUGCUUCCGUUUCAACAGAAACUACUAGCACUUCGGGCCCAACUGACCCCGCCAGCACCGCUGCAGGAAACGUCCCAGAUGCGACUGUCACUCACACAGCGGAAGCCGGCACCGGUGGAGCCACUGAUCUCUCCGCUGGAGCAGAUGCCAGUAGCACGUCUGCGCACCAAAGCGACUCUGCUGGGGACACCGCAAAGAAAGCCAGCGAUUGCGGUUCUGCGACUAUGCUCGCCGAUGCUCCUGCCCCUGCGUCGGCUGCUACUGACUCCUCUGCAACGAACCCCAUCGAUUCUAAAUCAGGUCCGACUACCGGCGAAGCAGGCUCUGCAGCUACUUCCUCUGGUGCUGUCCCCGCAAAAGCUUCCGGUGAUGCUGCACCAGUGACGGGUUUCGCUGAUGCUUUCCCAGCAGCGUCUAACGGUGACGCUACAUCAGCCUCGGCUCCAGGCAAUGAUGCCGCAGCCACCACUACCGCCGACGCCACCCCUGCACCAGCUUCCGGCGACGCUACCCCUCCAUCGCCAUCCGUACCAGCAACGCCUUCCGGUGACGCUGCGCCUGCCACGGAUUCCGCUGACUCUGCUCCUGCCGCCGCUUCCGGUGACGCUUCCCCUGCCGCGGCUUCUGGUGACGCUGCUCCUGCCGCGGCUUCUGGGGACGCUGCCCCUGCCGAGGCGUCCAGUGACGCUGCCCCUUCAACGCCCUCCGGUGAGGCCACACCAGUAACGGCUUUUGCUGAUGCUGCCCCAGCAGUGUCUUCCGUUGACGCUGCUUCAGCAACGGCUCCAGGCGAUGCUGCCACUGCCACCCCUGCACCAGCUGCCGGUGACGCUACUCCUGCACCGCUAUCUGGUGAUGCUACUGCAACCACUGCAAGCGGUGAGGCCCAGACACCUGCUUCGGGAGAUGCUGUUAGCGCACCAGCUUCCACUGAAUCUGUCCCCGCUACCGGUUCUAGCGACUCCACUCUUGAAACUGCAACAGGUGAUUCCGCUCUUGCAACGGGCCCUGGUGAAUCUAGCCCUGCAACUACAACCGGUGACUCCGCAGCUUCCACCACAGCUGAAAAUUCGGUCUCGACAGGCACUUCUGGUGACUCCGCUCUCGGUAACGACCUCACUAGUACACCUGAUGUUACUACAGGAAGCAUUUCUGCUGCCGGGCACGAUGAGUCAGCGUCCCCGACCACUGGGCCUAGCGCUGAAGAUCACACUGGGGAAACCACCCCGAAGCCAUUCACCAGUUCUGACACUGCCAGCGAAGCCACUCCAGCUUCUACUGAUGCCCCGGCUUCUAGUGAUGCCCCAGCUUCUACCGAUGCUCCAACUUCUACCGAUGCUCCUGCUUCUACUGAUGCUCCUGCUUCUGCUGAUGCCCCAGCUGCUGCUGAUGCCCCAGCUCCUGCUGAUGCUCCGGCUCCUGCUGAUGCUCCAGCUCCUGCUGAUGCCCCAGCUCCUGCUGAUGCUCCAGCUCCUGCUGAUGCCCCAGUUGCUACUGACGCCCCAGUUUCUACUGACGCCCCAGUUUCUACUGACGCCCCAGUUUCCACUGAUACCAGCUCUACUAGCAUUGCUGGCGCUGACUCUACAAAGGAAGGUGCCGCAAGUGCUGGAGGUGCUGGUUCAGACACGGAAGUUGGGUCAGCAACGUUUGGAAGCCGAGGUUCCGUUCAAGACGGAGAGAGUUCUGGGUCCAACGACAUCACACCAGCUCCCCCAGCGUCACCAGAGUUGACGACGCCUGCCACUGCCCCUUCACCGUCUGUUACCGAGGAUAAAGCUACCGAACAAGAAAGCAGUAGCGAAUCAAAUGCUGAGCAACCAGCAGUGCAAGGAGCCGACCAAACAACGACUACGGCGGCAUCAGUGGUGCCAGAGGCCGUUUCGACAACCGUGGGGGCUGCGUCAGUGACACCAUCAUCUACCGAGGCUGCGACUUUCGGAGACAGCCAACCGAGCAUGGCUGCCGAAGAACACCCUCUUGGUGACGAGCCUCACCAUGACGAAGGAGUGGGCUACAGCACUGAAGCUCCGAAGCAGGAAGACAAGCCAGUUACUGAUGCUCCAGCCUCUCCACCCGUGGACGAGCACCCGCUGGGUGACGCCCCAGUUGUCCCAGAUGUCAAGACUGAAGAAAAUGAGGCUGUGCCACCCAAAGACAGCAAUGAAUCUGGCGCGCCUCAGCGGGAUGAAAAAUCUAACGACGUUUCAGACAGCGCUGGUCCCGCUGAUUCAGCCACUCCAGUAGAACAAGGACCGGCUACCGAUGCUUUUGGAGCUGGAAGUGGAACCGACAGCACUUCAUCUGAGGCGCCGAAGAGUGAGGACACCACAGUUUCUCAAAACGUGGAACGUGAAGAACAUCCUGAAGGCGAGCCAGAAGCUACAACCGCACAGCCAGCGGAAACACCCAUAACUACGACAGAAGCGCCGCAUCCCGACGUGGACACCGCACAGCCAGGGGAAACACCCACAACUACGACAGAAGCGCCGCACCACGACGUGGAUGAUGACUCCGGCAGGACGCCAGUAAGCGAGACGCCAAUUGUGCCGGAAGAGGCGCACACAGUAUCACCGGACAACGAGGCAGAGAAGCCCGAAGCGUCCACUGAGCCCCCGCAGAACGAUGCACCUCCGUCAGAUGACGCAGCUACAGGCGACAGCGGCGCACCACAUGACGACGGCGCGGCUCCGGAAACCCCUGUUCCAGCAGCCGAAGGUGGUGGCGAUUUACCGCCCAUUGGCGCUGCUCCUGCGGCACCAGAACCAGCGCCACAACCUGCACCAACGCCAAAGUCAAGCAGUGGCAAUGGAGGCGGCAACGGUCACGGCCACGAGCACAAACCACACGUACACCACGAUUAUGGAGGAAGGGUUCCUCCCACGAUUGAGCAGCUCCUAGCACAGCUGAGCCCGGACACAAGACGGCAGUAUGAGCUGGACCAUGGCAUUAUUUCCACACCGUCCGGAGGAGAGCCGCCCGCGAACGGCGGCGACUCGGGACCUCCGAAGACUGACACUGAAGGCGGCUCGGCUGACGGCGACCACGCUACUCCGGCCACGAACUCUGGCGACAACCAGCCUGACACCACGACGCCCUCAUCUGCCGAUGGAGUUGGACAUGACGGUGGCGAUGAAGAUACCAAGACUAAUGAGGUGACCGAUGCUCCCAAGGCCACCGAAUUCCCUACCCGUUACACGACGACACCUCCUUCUGCGGGCGAUAAUGGCCACAACGGUGACGCGAGUGGCGACGACGAUAAAACCAAAUCGGAAGACGCUACCGCAGCCAUGACGCACGACCCAAUUGUCCAGUUAGUGAAGGCUGGCAUUCCCGACCUGCAUCUCGAAGGUGCAGAGCCCCACAGGGACAGAAGGCGUUCUGAGCGGCGGGCUCACUGAGACGACUGCUAGUGGUUUGGUAUGGCCCCAGCUUACCGACACUCUAGGUUGUGAAGCUCCCAACAGUGUGGAGUCUAGGCGCACUAUAACUGACACUGCUGCCAGGUAGGCAAGAAAAUGUGUUGUUGACGUAAGGAUUCCGCGCUGGUGAAUUUUGAAACGUAAAAUUCACUCUGAUGAAUGAAAUUGAGCUUCGCUCAAAGCAAUAACUGAACCGCUCUGUGAUCACCGUUAUCCCCGAAAAAGAAAUACCACUGGGGUUGUCAUCGAGUGAAAUCCGAUAAUCAUUUUCUAGCUUUAAACAGGAUACGACUUUGCUACCUGCAUCGGCCCUCGGGGCAGCACUUGUAUUUUUCCUUUAGGAGAACUUUAGCCAAGGGCCCACGUUGGGUCACGGAGCUUCACAACGUAGAACACCUGGCAACUUGGGGCGAUGCCUCACGCAUCUAGGGGACUGUGAUGCACACGUCAUCGGCGCCCUGAGUGUCGUCCAUCCAUUGUACAUACUCGCUGGGGUGCGGGUCACAAGCCGGGGAAACAAGCCGAGGCGCCACGUGUGCGUCUCGGCGUGGUGGCAGCUACAAAUUCUGCAUCGCAGAAAGAUGACACGCCAACAGUAACG